AUGCGCCCCCCCGUCUCCUGGUGGGCUCCCAUGGUGUCGGAGCACACGGUGCAGUCGCUCUCGGCGGUUGCUACGCAUGCCGCGUACACUCAGCUGCGGUUGCUCUAUGUGAAUCGCGAGAACUACUGGUGGGGGAAGCAGGCUCAGGUGCAUCCGACCAGCUGCUGGCUCGACUUGAUGCAGGCAGCUGUGCACAGCGCGUCCACAUCCCCAGCAGCGCGACCGGAACGGUACGGCCUGCGACCUUCGCCUGAGAAUCCGCACGGUCUUUGGCUGGAGUUCGGCGUGGGGUCUGGCAAGACAACCGCUGCUAUUGCCUUCCACAUGCAGGCCUUGCUCGGCCAGGCAGGCACCCUGCACGGCUUCGACUCCUUCCAGGGCCUGCCAUCGGACUGGGAUCACACACACUUGGCGGCUGGGACCUUCUCAACUGGUGGCGAGAUCCCAGAGCACUUGAAGGAGAUGCGCAAUGUUCAGAUUCACGUGGGGCUCUUCACCCAGACCUUAGGCGACCUCGAUCGAUUUGGCAACACGCCAGUGGCUUUCGCACACAUCGACGUGGACAUCUUCCCUUCAGCGGUGGAGGUGUUGUCAAGAAUCGCCUGCCAGCUUGCGGUUGGCUCCAUCCUGGUCUACGAUGAGCUGGUGAACUAUGUGGGCUUCGAACUCUCCGGGGAGUACCGUGCUUGGGAGUAUGUGGCUUCAGCCUACGGGAUAGGCUGGGAGUAUGCCGGCAUGUACUGGCAGCAGGCGGUGCCCAUGGUUAUCACCGAGCCUGCCCGUAACUGCUGA